GAGAGUGGACAUCUGCGCACCCAUCAAAGGACUCACACAAGGGAGAAGCCACAUACAUGCAGGGAAUGUGGAAAGAGCUUCAGUAAGAGUGGACAUCUGCGUAUCCAUCAAAGGACUCACACAGGGGAGAAGCCACAUACAUGCAUGGAAUGUGGAAAGAGCUUCAGUCAGAGUGGACAUCUGCAUAUCCAUCAAAGGAUGCACACAGGAGAGAAGCCACAUACAUGCAUGGAAUGUGGAAAGAGCUUCAGUCAUAGUGGAAGUCUACGCACCCAUCAAAGGAUUCACACAGGGGAGAAGCCACAUACAUGCAUGGAAUGUGGAAAGAGAUUCAGUGAGAGUGGACCUCUGCGCACCCAUCAAAGGACUCACACAAGGGAGAAGCCACAUACAUGCAGGGAAUGUGGAAAGAGCUUCAGUAAGAGUGGAAAUCUACACACCCAUCAGAGGACCCACACAAGGGAGAAGCCACAUACAUGCAUGGAAUGUGGAAAGAGUUUCAGUCAGAGUGGAAAUCUACGCACCCAUCAAAGGACUCACACAGGAGAGAAGCCACAUACAUGCAUGGAAUGUGGAAAGAGCUUCAGUCGGAGUGACUAUCUACUUUCCCAUCAAAGGACUCACACAGGAGAGAAGCCACAUACAUGCAUGGAAUGUGGAAAGAGCUUCAGUGAGAGUGGACAUCUGCGUAUCCAUCAAAGGAUUCACACAGGGGAGAAGCCACAUACAUGCAUGGAAUGUGGAAAGAGCUUCAGUAAGAGUGGACAUCUGCGUAUCCAUCAAAGGACUCACACAGGAGAGAAGCCACAUACAUGCAUGGAAUGUGGAAAGAGAUUCAGUGAGAGUGGACAUCUGCGUAUCCAUCAAAGGACUCACACAGGAGAGAAGCCACAUACAUGCAUGGAAUGUGGAAAGAGCUUCAGUCAGAGUGGACAUCUGCGUAUCCAUCAAAGGAUGCACACAGGAGAGAAGCCACAUAAAUAGGACAAGUGCAAAGAAGCCAGAAUGUUUGUCCAAAGAACUUCUAAUGACUAUGACUUAAAAUAGACAUGAACAGGAAGUGGAAGGGGAAGAAAUCACAAAAUCAUAUAACCAUAGAGUUGGAAGAGACCUCAUGGGUCAUCUAGUCCAACCCCCUGCCAAGAAGCAGGAAAUUCCAUUCAAAGCACCCCGGACAGAUGGCCAUCCAGCCUCUGCUUAAAAGCCUCCAAAGAAGGUUCCACAGCUGAACUGCUCUCACAGUGAGGAAGUUCUUCCUUAUGUUCAGGUGGAAUCCCCUUUCCUGUAUUUUGAAGCCAUUAUUCUGCAUCCUAGUUUGCAGAGCAGCAGACAACAAGCUUGCUCCCUCCUCCUUAUGGGAUUUUGGCCUGCAUAAAUAGGGGCAGAGUGUCUAGAUCCAGGGAAGUCAUGCUCCCCCUCUAUUCUGCCUUGGUCAGACCACUUUACCUGGAAUCACACUGUGUCUAAUUCUGGGCACUGCAAUUGAAAGGAGACGUUGAAAAGCUGGAAGGUGUCCAGAGGAUGGCGACUAAAAUGAUCAAGGGUCUGGAGAACAAGCCCCAUGGGGAGCGGCUUAAAGACCUGGGCAUGUUUAGCCUGCAGAAGAGAAGGCUGAGAGGAGACAUGAUAGCCAUGUACAAAUAUGUGAGGGGAAGUCAUAGGGAGGAGGGAGCAAGCUUGUUUUCUGCUGCCCUGGAGACUAGGACGCAAUGGAACAAUGCCUUCAAACUACAGGAAAGGAGAUUCCACCUGAACAUCAGGAAGAACUUCCUCACGGUGAGAAGGGCUGUUCGGCAGUGGAACUCUCUCCCCCGGACUGUGGUGGAGGCUCCUUCUUUGGAGGCUUUGAGGCAGAGGCUGGAUGACCAUCUGUCGGGGGUGCUUUGAAUGCGAUUUCCUGCUUCUUGUCAGGGGGUUGGACUGGAUGGCCCAUGAGGUCUCUUCCAACUCUGGGAUUCAAUGAUUCUAUGAUUUAAAGUGAGUAAAUCGAGAUAAAAAUCAGCAUGCAGCAAGAGUUUUGUAGAUUGGUUUUUCUAUUAGUUUUGUUCUUUUUAUGUAGGUUAUGUGUCCUUGAAGCUUUAAUGUUUCUUAUGUAGUCCUUUCCUUAAAAAUGCCAAAAUUGUAAUUUAUAUUAAGAAUUAUCAGAACAACCUAUUAAGAGGACAGAAAUAAAGCCAGGAAAGCUCCAGGUCUGGACGGAUUGGGAACAGAAUAUUACAAAAGUAUUAGAGAAAUACUGACUGCAACAAUAUUAGAAUUGUAUAUUGGAAUAAUGAUUGUGGAGAAAAUACCAGAAUCGUGGAGGAAGUCAUUCAUAAUAUUAAUAUGAAAAGAUUUAACAGACCCAGGGUCUUACAGGCCCACAUCAUUAGUUAAUCAGGAUGAAAGGUUUUUAUCAGUUAUAAUAGCCAAUAGAAUGAAUAAAUGCAUGUACAAGUAUAUAUAAAAAGAUCAAUCUGGGUUUGUAAAAGGAAGACAAAUGUUACUAGCAUUAGAUAUAUUUAAUGCUUUGAUUGUGUAGCAUGGCAGAUAAUAAGUGAGAUUAUGAAUUAAUUUGGAAUGGGACGUAGAAUAAAAGGAUGAUUAAAACAAUUUUAUUUGCUAUGGUGAUAGAAUUAUGUGCAAACGCCAUCCAAAAAGGUAAGAAUGUAGAAGGUGUAGGAAUAAAGGAAAAGCAGAAGGUGAGCUUAUUUGCUGAUGACACAUUGUUAUUGAUUAAAUAUCUGGGUAGGUCAAAUGGAUAGGAGAGAGGAUCAUUAAAAGAUAUUUGGGAAAACAACGGGUUUAUAUUAUACAAAGAAAAAAGAAAAAGACUUUAUAGAACAGAGCCAUACGGGAAUUAGAAUCAAGAACAAAUUAAUAUACCUGGGAGUAAGUAUAACAAAGGACUUAAAAGAAAUAGAAGAGGUAAAUGUAGUAGCAUUGAGGAAAAUAGUUCAAAAAAAAAUUAAUACACAUCUAUCUUGGUUUGGAAAGACAGCAAUACUAAAAAUGAAAAUGCUUCUGAGGAUAAACUUUAUACUUACAUAUACCUUAUAUUUAUAAUGCCAUUUCAGAUUACAGAAGAAGAGUUGAAUACAUGAUUUCUUUGCAACAUUUCUACCCCACCUUUCUCCACCCCAAAGGAGACUCAUUUGGACAAAUGAUAAAUACUGUAAUGGCAGUCAAAGAAAUUGACGAAACAAGUUACAGAACAGAUCUCAAAAAGAAGAAGGAUUAGCGCUUCCUCAUAUGAAAAAAUAUUAUAAAGCAAACAGACUGAGAUUGGUUAUACAAGGAAUGAUGAAAAGGAGGAUGUAGAAUAGUUAAUAAUGGAUUCAGGAAAAGUGGAGGAAGAAAUUCGGAAUAUGUUUUAAAAUAGUUUAUGAGAAAAAAAAUAAGGUAAACUGGGAACCCAAUGUUGAGUAAUGCAUUAGAAAUAUGGAACAAAUACAGGAGAAAGUUAAUAACAGAUGGCUCAAUAAUAACCCCAAUUAUAAUGGAAAAGACAUUUCCAAAAAAUAAAAAAUAUAUAUGAUGGAUAAAAAAAUUAAGGGGAAAAACUUAGAUAAAAUAGGGGAUUGGCUAAAGGUUGGAAUGAAGAAAGAAAAGAUCAGGAACAUAAAAAUUUGAAAGGAAUAUCCAGUAAAAUUUCUAAAAUAUUAAUUGAAAAAAACAAAGGAAAAGUAAAGAAUAACACCUUCAAGAAGAUUUGGAAAGAAGAUAUAGGAAUGAAAAUCAAUGAAACAGAGGGGUUACAAUUAUGGGCACAAAGACACUUGAAAAAUAUAUCCAUAUGUGUUAAAGAAAAUUAUUAUUUAGUUGAUAUGGAAAUGGUACCUCACACCCAUAAGAAUAGGAAAUAUAAAUAAAAACUACUCAAACAAUUGCUGGAGAGGAUGCCAAGAAUCGGGAACAUACAUACAUAUGUGGUGGCUGUGUCAAUAUGUAAAUAAUUUCUGGGGAAAAGUAUUAAGAGAGAUAGAAGACACAAUGAACAUUCAAAUAGAAAGCAGUCUUAGCAUGGCUUUAUUCUCAUUAUAUAAUAAUAAACAGUUGGAAAAAGAGGACAAAGAUGCGAUAACAAACGCAUUAACAAUUGCAAGACUGCUUAUAGCAAGGAAUUGGAAAAGGGAAAUAAAUAUAGAGAUAGAAGAAUGGUAUAAGGAAGUAUGGAAACUGGGAAGAAAUGAUAGGUUGACGUGGAGAGGGAUUUAGAAACAAAGUGGUUGUGAUGAUGUCUGGAGAAAAUGUAUUGGAAGAGGAUUCAAAAAGAAAGACAGAAUUACCUCCUCAAGAGGGAAUGAAAAGGAAUUUUGGACAGAUGAUAAAUAAAAAAAGUGACUUGGGGGAGGGUAAGAAAUCUGUAUAAGCGUGAAAAUAACAGUAGAUGCCAAAUGUUAAUGUAUUGUAGAUUGUACUGAAUAUUAUGUGGCUGCUGUAAAAGGAUGUACGAUUUUCUUUAAAAAAAUUAAUAAAUGUAUUUGUAAUUUGUAUAAA